AUGGCGGAAAGUAAGAACCUAUCUCCAGAGUUCAAUCCCCAUUCUCCCUAUUAUAUCGAUCCCUUUUUUGAAUCCAACUUCGAUCUUCAAGCGGUGAUACUCAGCAAAGCCGAAGACAACUACGUACCCUGGAAACUUCGUCUUCACGCUUUCCUUCGAGUCUCGAAAAAAAUCGGUUUCAUCGACGGUACCCUCGAGAAACCGGACCGUUCCUCUCCGUUGUAUAAACCAUGGAAACAGUGUGACUCGAGGGUUAAGUAUUGGCUGAUGAUUUCGAUGAGCGAAGAGCUUCAAAAUCGUGUGAUGAUGGCUAAAACUGCGCAUAAGAUGUGGGGAGAUAUCAGAUGGAUAUUCAUCCCUAACCUAGAUUUGAAGAUCUACCAGGUUCGUCGUAAAAUCUUGUCGAUGAGGCAAGGCUGUGACUCGGUGGAUGCAUAUUUCGGGAAAGUGACCGAUGCUUGGAUGGAGCUUUCCGAGUACGAGCCGGUGCCUAAGUGUGCGUGCGGGUGUUGCAAGUGCGAGAUCAAGAAACAAGUAGAAGAGGCUAGAGAGAAGGAGAUGCGUUACGCGUUUUUAAUGGGUUUGAACAAAAGCUUAAGCUUUAUGACAACUGUAAUCAUGCUCAUGAAUCCUCUUCCUUCACUUAACGAUGCCUACCUUUUGAUGUCUAAUCUGAGUCUUCCAGAGAGGGUUUUUGCCGCCGGUCAAGAACCGGUUGGAGAAAGGGUCAAUUCGUAUCAGAAAUCAAAAACCAUACAGGCCAUCGUAAACGCGCUCGAUGAAUCUGAAGUUCUCCGUCUCCGUGCGUCUCAAUUGGGAAAGCUUUUAACGGUGAUGGAGAUGCCGUCAUUCUCUGGUAGUUUUGGGUACUACAUGUUAGCGAGGCUUCUCCGAGUUAAAAAGAAACAUGAGUUAUGGUUUUUGUUCGCCGGGUCUCCUAUCCGUGUCUCUCUGCGUGAAUUUGCGCUCGUAACUGGGCUUGAAUGUGGAAAAGUUGUACAGAAGAAGAAGAAGAAAAAUCCGGUGACUGAGAAACCGUAUUGGCCGGAGUUAUUCGGCCUUCUGAAGUCCUGCACCGUCGAAUCUGUUAUCACCAUGCUAGCCAAGAAAAAAAUCACCGACCCAGAGAAGAGAUUCAAAUGCGCUUGUCUGGCGCUUACCGCUGCUGUUCUUGUGCCUACUUCUCACAUCACGAAAAUUGUUCCGGAACAUGUUGAGUUGAUUCGAGAUAUCGACGAGUUUCUUAGCUAUCCGUGGGGUAGAAUUGGUUUUGAUUUGUUAGUAUCCAGUAUUAAGUCCAAGGAUGAAGUGGAACUCUCACAGAAAACAAUUGCCGUUAAAGGCUUUUUUUACGCUAUUCAGUUGGUGAUGAUGGCCGCUGUGCCCACUCUUACCGAAGUAGUCCUAUCACCGUCCGGGGAGUCUGAAAGUGAAGGCGAAGAUGACUCUGCGACUCCGGCUGAUCUUCUCCACGAACGAGAGCCUGGCUCUGUUGGCGACGAUACUGGGCCUGGAGGUGUGAAGAUGACCCUUAGUCCUGGUCAUCCCCGCGAGCUCGAUGAAGACUGCAAGGUUCUUGUUCAUUGCAUUAUUCCGGAUGUUGAGGACUGUGCAAUAGAAGGCAUGGAUUUGCAGUGGGAUGACGAAGUCGAAGACGGCACGGUGGAUGUCAUGGUUAAAUUGAUUGAGGAAGGCUUCCGUUUCAGCAAAGAUAUGUUUACCGGCGGUCUAACUUCUGCUGACUUGGCCCGUAUGCGCAGUGAAAAAGCUUUGAAGGAAAAAGAAAUCAGAGACAAGAAGAAGAUAAUAAAAUCAGCGAUGGAUCCUCACUCUCUGAGCUUGAACAAUAGGCUCAGGGAUGUCGAAGUUGCAGUACUGUUGCAUGAAGGAAAGCUCUCCCAAGUUAUUUCUGGGUUUUUCAAAUCUAUGGAGGCAUCCAUAGUACGAGCCAUCACUGAUUCCAUCGGCAGCGCCUCGACAAAAGCACCUUCUGUCUUCGAAACCAGGCAUGAAAGCGAUUUUCAGAACCAGAGGUCACAUCCGUCCUCCCCCACUUGUCCGUCCCAGACUCAGAACCGACGUGAAACGCAUGAAUUUACGGGAGUGCCGUCCGAAGCUGUUUACCCUCAACAAAUUGAUUCCCGCCAAUCACAGUCAGCCCCAACUUCGAUCAAUCUGACUCAGUAUUCCAAGGCGCCUUCCUUAGCAAUAAGUGAUGAAGAAUUUAUUCGCGGAAUCACUCAAUCCAUCAAUGCUACUGCCAACGAAGGUUGUACAUUUACUAGUGGGACCCAAACUAAUCCCCCCUUAUUCUCUCAGACCAAUCCCCUGUGGGCAAACUCUGUAUUACCCGUGGGGAUGCCGAUGUCAUCAGAACUAAAUUUGCAUGAUACGAGUGCUGCUGAAUCCAGUGAACCUUCUGCCCCGACAUUGUCCACCACCGUUCUUAAUGGACCUGGAUCCACAAAGGCGGGGGAUUUGCUUCUAUCUGUGUCUCCCUCAUUUUCGCUUGGAUUAACUCAAGACGGUAAAAAGAAUUCAGGAAUUCCAUAUGCUGAGGAGGAGCCUGAUUACCUUAAUGACAAAGAAGCAGCCCAUGAAGAAGACCCCCCACGGAAAAGCAAAAGACUCAAGUCUACGUGUAUCACAAAUUACAAGGACUAUCAUCGUGGCGUGAAUUGUUCCUCCGUGAGGAAAAUUGUUUUCGCAAUGCCAUGUGACCCUAAGGUCAAUUACGGAGAGAAAUUCGUUGAGUUGAAAGCAAAACUUAUGAAAGAUCGUCGACCCAUGGGCCUGUACGAAGGUGCAUCUAUCAGUACCUCUGAUGUUAUCGACAUCGGCGAGAGAGUUCGGGUUUUGCACUCUACGGUUGUUGAUGGGUUAAUGUACUAUUUGCGCCACAUUAGUGGCCCACAGCUGUACCCGGCGAACUACAUGAAGAUUGAGUUCUACAACACCAUCUUUCCUGUCCUCAUUAAGUCUCACUACACUAAGUUUACCAAGACUGCUGUGAAAGAUCGGUCCAAAUUCAAAUUUCAGCCAAGUCUAAUGUCGUACUUCCAGCCAGAAAAUCCCAUGCGUUCUCUGCCGGAAUAUAUGUAUUUCCCUUUUAAUUUCGACCAGCGCCAUUGGGUUGGUGUUUGUGUCAAUCUAUCAUCUGCUUCCAUCAUCGUCCUCGAUUGCAAUGCAUCUCUCCGAUCCGAUAGUGCUUUGAAGAAGGAGUUCACACCGCUUACCAACAUGUUCCCUUACCUGCUUAGGGCUUAUACCUCGAAGGCAUUACGUGAUGAGAAGCCAUUCACGCUGGUUAGAGCCGCCGGAAUCCCCCAAAACGAGAUCAAUUCGAAUUCUGCGGUGACAGCCUUGUUUUUAAUGCAAGCCCAUGCAUCUGGUGGUUUGGACUAUUGCCGGACCAUUACCCCUGAGGUGAUUUGUACUGAAGCAUAUAAGUUAGCCGUUCUGUUCUACGAAGAGUUCGGACCUCAGUGA